AUGAAACGUGUGGCUCCAGUGCGGCCGCCUGCGGCGGGGGCGAAAGGCGCUGCGGGCGGGCCUGCCUCUGCGGCGUCGCCUUCUCGGCUGGCUUCCGGACUGAAGGCGCGGGAUGCGUCCGCUGCUGCGUCGUUCUUCUCGUCUUCUGUGACUCCUGGGCGGGAGACUUCUGGCGCCGGCGGCGGCACUUUCUCUCGCCAGAAGCACGUGGACGGCGACGACGACACCUGCCGCGGCUUUCUCUCAGGCCAGGUCCGCACUAUUUUCGACUCAUACAAUUCCUUUCUCGAGUAUGAAGCCGAUCCCAGCCCCAGCUCGGGGCUCUUCGGCGCGACCGACGCUUCCGACAACGUGGAGCAGGACCCCUUUCUCUCCCUCCGUGAGGGAUUGCUGCAGGGAACCCCCGUUAAUUCGUCCGUAGCGCUGCUUCGAGACUUCUUGACGUUCAAGAGACACCCGCUGAUGGACUUCCAUCCGCGCCCGCGCGAGGCUGUAAAGACCAAGCCGCGGGGCCCGGUCUUCACAGAGGAGCAUUUCCUCGCGAACCUGGCUUCCUUCGCCACAGCGACAGACGAAGACGCGAAGCCCACCUCGGUAAUCCUCGAAAUCGCGAGCUACACUUCGAUUGUGGAGGCGCAGCGCGAACACCCGUUCCUCCUCGCUCUGAUGCAAGCCCCGCCUGCGGGCAUCGACGUCACAAUCUCGAUAGACAACUGGCGCCAGACGUGCGCAUGCUCCGUGGAGGGCGAGCUCCUCAAGGGGACGCUGCCACCGCUCCCUUCGGGGCGCCACAUUCUCAUGUUCUGCACGCGCUCGGGCUACCCCAUUCCGCUCCUGCUGUCUCCGUUGCUGAGAGGAAAGAAGGACGCAGACCCGACCAAGCCUCUCACGCCUGUCCUCAGCAUUCCUCUCAUGGUGGUGCGCGCGCCCCAGCGACGACAGGAUCCCUCGCUCUGCUACAGCACCCUCAAGUCUCGAAAAGAGCGACCGCCGUCGGCAGCCACAGGGCCGUACACCGCUGCCGAUCUCGAGGAGCUUGUCGCGGCGUUCAGCGAGGUGAAAGGCGUGGCGCAGUUCAUCGUGCCGCGUGCGCAAGGUGUUGGGCCUGUCGUCGAUCGCACGGGUCGCUUGAUCUCACAGGCCAAGGGCCAAGACUUCAGAGUGCGCCUCGCGGACUGCCUCAACACCGCGGCGAAAGGCAAGAACUCGCCUCUGUUCGGUGCGGCUGAGACCGUCAUGAUUGAGUCAGCGCACAACUGCGACGUUCGCAUUCCUUUACCCUUCAAGGCGUCGCUCUUCAACUCGUGCGCAGCGACCUCGCGCCUCUCGAUCGCUUGCUUCCACUCGCGCAUCUUUGAGUUCGAGCCCUACGGCGUCCUGUCCGCCCAGGUCUUCACCAAGUCCCGCUACAGUGACGUCUACACAAUUUUCAGUUUCUCGCUCACCCCCAAAGAGGCCGGACCGCAGGCAUCGGUGGCGUACAAGAGCCAAAUUCAAACACCGUACAUCCCCGGGCUCGACCGCUUCGAGGCCACCGAGAGACUCUGCGCAGACACGCGCUUUUGGAGCUACGUAGACGGCUGCGUUCCGCUGAAAAACAGAGUCGCAGCAGCCUUCGAAAUCGAUAACUUCGCGACCGUCGAGUGCCCCGUGCCUCAAAUGCUGCGGCACGCUCGCAAUCCGUACCGCGCGUACCCCGACGGUCUGCAGGUGGCUCCUGGAGUGUAUCUCUUCUUCGAAGCUUGGCCGAACGAGGUGCUGCGCAUGCCGCCGAACUUCGCGGAGGAGUCGCUCGCGCCCGCGGCGGCGGUGGAGGCCGUUUCCGAGGCGGCGAAGGCGGUGAGGGGCGAGAAGAGCCGUGGCGACGCGGGCGGAGACGCGCCGAAGAAAGACGCCGCGCCGCCGCCCAAGGAAGAGCCCGCGCGGGGAGACUGCAGGCGGAACGGCGCCCGCUUCGGCGCUGUGCGGCAGCGCGGGCGACCGCCUCAGUUUUUCUCCGUCACGCUCUGCGUGGGACAACACAUUUUCAGUUCAGUCAUGGGUGUUGAGGCAGAUGUCGUCGAGUUCAUCAUCAACCGCUGGCUCGCCUUCGUGCCGAACAAAGAUGCGAUCCCGGACGUCCGAAACCGACUUCCUUGUUGA